AUGGCUAAAUUUCUUGAAACCAAAGGGACUUAUUUUCUUCUUCCAGCCCUCUUCUUGCCUAUACUUUUUAUCAUAAUCAAGAACUUAAGAUCUUAUUUUGUGUCAAGAAACAGCCCAAAACUUCCACCAGGGCCAAAUCCAUGGCCAAUUUUAGGCAACAUUCCACACAUAGGACAUAUGCCUCAUGUUAGUCUAACUAACUUAGCCAAAAUCUAUGGUCCUAUAAUGUCUCUAAAACUAGGAACUCAGUGUAUGAUUGUUGGAUCAUCAGCAGAAGCUGCAAAAGAAAUCCUAAAGUCGAAGGACCGGAAUUUUUCAAGCCGAUGUAUUCCAAAGGCUCUUCCAGCUACAAAGGAAGAACUUAAUCAUUUGUCCCUUGGAUGGGCAGAUUGCAAUGAUAAUUGGAAGUCUUUACGUACAUUAUGUCGUGCUGAACUUUUCUCGAACAAGGCUUUAGAGUCUCAAGCCAGAUUGCGAGAGAAAAGUAUAACUGGCCUUAUCAAUUUUGUAGGAUCAAAGGAAGGUGAGGAGGUCAAAAUUGCUGAACUAGUUUUUGCAACUGUGUUCAAUAUUUUGGGGAAUUCUAUGAUGUCGAGAGACUUUAUUGAAUUUGAGGAAAAGAACGCAGAUGGAGGGAUGAAAGGCAUCAUAAGGGCUUAUGUGGAGGUACUAGCUGCUCCAAAUUUAUCUGAUUUCUAUCCAAUUCUCAGCAAGCUAGAUCUUCAAGGUAUUCGCAGGAAGUUGGCUGUUUUGAUUGUGAAAAUUCGUGCUGUGUGGGAAGCGAUCAUUGAAGAAAGACGAAACGGGAGGAAUAAGUCUUCGACAAGUCAAGAUUUCUUGGACACCCUUCUUGACAACGGUUUUUCUUAUAAUCAGAUCAACCAGUUGUUUUUGGAGUUAUUCACUGCUGGCACAGAGACAACUACCUCGACCGUUGAAUGGACAAUGGCAGAACUGUUGAAAAAUCCUGAAGCCAUGAAGAAUGUCCUUCAUGGAAAAUCCAUUGGCGCUGGUUCCAAAGGCCAGAAAAUGAUUACCACGAGCAGUCGGUUAAUAAGAACUACUUUAGGCUUUACUGUAUUCUGGAAAGCUAUUCGCCUAAAAUUCUUCUGCACGCAAUAA